AUGCCAAAAUCUUCAACACUGUCGUUGGCUAUGCGGGGCAAGCCCAAGGAUAAUGCCAACAACACACCCAUGAGUCCAAAAAGCCCGAGGUCACCAGAGAUGCCUGAGGAUCUCGAUUUUGCGACACCGAAUGCCGCGUUUCACAACAUGCCACAGUCACCCGCCUCUCCGAAACCUCGCAAAGACUCCAAGAGCAUCUUCUCCAAUUUCAGUGCCAACAAGUCGUCAUCACGCCUCAACAGCCAGGGCAACUCGACACGCCAGCUUCCUGAAAACCAACACUCGCCCAGCCUAUACUCUAAUGGGCGCAGCGGUGCGUCCACACCAGACCUCGGCCGUCCUGUGCGCACCCCCAACUCCGACGACAAUCGCUCCGAAGUCGUACGCUUAGACCAACGGACAGGGUCAGGUAAUUCCAACGACUCCUCCGAUCCACACGCCGACUCCUCGAAACGCAACAACGUCAAACCGAAAAAGGGUAUUCUGUCGCGAUCCAAGUCCAUCAAAGAAGGUGAGACUUCAGCGUCUCGCACAAAAUUGAACAAAGCACCCCCAGGCCAACUUUCGCCGGACAUUGCAGGUUCGUGGACGACCAACGGCGAUGGUAUGCCAUUGAAGACGGCGCCAAUGGAUAAAGGUCAACCAUGGCGAGGCAUAGGCAAGCCACGGACACACUCGGCCGAUCGUCAGGACGGAUCCAAGCACAUCCAACGGGAUGCCGAUUACGGUCAAAGAAGGGACAAGUCGGAACAGAUCUCGUUAGCAUCCAGCUCGUACAAUGAAACGAAGGGACAUGGUUUCAUCUCAAAACUAGGUUCGGGGGCUCGCAAUAUGGGCGAGAAGAUGGACUCGGCACGCAAGGGCGUAUUUGGCAAACUGGGACGAAGCUCGAGCAAUCACGAAAGCCAGACGCCCAUAUCGAACGAACCAUAUGUGUGCAAGAUUAUCCACAAGCCGUUGAUUGAGCAGACGAGGCUGACAAGGAUAUCGACUCGUCUGGAACAGUCACGCGAUAAGACUGAGUUCUGGAUGCCAGCUCUGCCUUGGCGGUGCAUAGAUUACCUGAACAUGAGGGGUUGCGAAGAGGAAGGCUUGUAUCGUGUUCCAGGAUCAGCCCAACAGGUUCGGUAUUAUGAACGCAAAUUCGAUGAGGACCGAGACAUCGACUUGAUCAGCGACCCCAACUUGAACGACCCAAACGUCAUCGGCUCACUGUUCAAGAACUGGCUCCGACAACUGCCCGACGAGAUCUUCCCAAAGGCAGUGCAGACCGCGAUUCAACAAGAAUGCCAGGGCGCCAAGACGACACCGCAAAUGCUCAAGGAUGAGCUCUCCAAGCUUCCCCCGUUUAAUUACUACCUCUUAUUCGCUAUUACCUGCCAUAUCAGUCUGUUGCACUCCUGCUCUGAGUUCAACAAGAUGAACUACAACAACCUAUGCAUCUGCUUCCAGCCAGCAAUCAAGAUUGACGCCUUUUGCUUCCAGUUCCUUAUUCUGGAUUGGCGAAACUGUUGGCAGGGUUGCUGGACGGAGAAAGACUUCUUGACGGACGAGAUCAACUUCCUAAACGCUGUAGAAGUUGAGUCCCAGCAGCAACAGCAACAGCAGCAACAUCAACAACUACAACAGCACACCUCCUCAAGGAAUGGACCACCUCAAAGUGCUGGCAAGGGCAAAGGCAAUAACUCGCCCCAAGUCCAGCCUUCAAAGAAGCCUGUUACGGCACGGAGUCAGUCUACGGACCACAUUAAAUCGUCCUCACGAGGACUUUCGUCGGAGAGAAGUGGACGCGCUACACCUCCGAACCCAUCGCUGGUGUUGUCGGAACCCUCGAGUAACCCCGUGUUACGGAUGCGGGGCGGCGGCGGCUAUGGUGAGCGUGAGAUUUCGCCUGAGCGAGUCAUUUCGUCUUCAGACAGUCGUGAUGGGGGCCAUCAUGCGCGGAGCACACCGCGUGCGCCGCCGUCGGUUAGCACCGAGGCGUCCUCAAUCGACCUAGACGAGAACGCGACACCGACUCAAGCACAACAUAGUCGCGGACCAUCUGAAUCGACGCAAUUCCGACUAGACCUCCGGGAUCCACCUGGCUCCCCAUUCAACAUUAAGUUCUGA